CGAGAGGCGGGGUACACCCUGGACUGGUCGCCAGCCAAUCACAUGGCACAUAUAGACAAACAACCAUUCACACUCACAUUCAUACCUAUGGACAAUUUGGAGUCACCAAUUGACCUAGCAUGUUUUUGGAAUGUGGGAGGAAACCGGAGUACCCGGAGAAAACCCACGCAUGCACAGGGAGAACAUGCAAACUCCACUCAGAGAUGGUCGAGGGUGGAAUCGAACUUGGAUCUCCUAGCUGUAUGGCCUGCUCGCUAACCACUUGUCUACCCUGACUGUGAAUAUAUAUCAUUCUGAAUUAGGAAAGGUCUCAAUUUUCGUGAAGUAAUGUCCUUCCCUCAAAUAAAUGUGGUGUUACAAUAGAAAUCCAGUACCAACCACUGAAUUGAGACAGUUCAUUGCUACUGAGACAGUAAAGUAAUUCUCCAUAGACAAGCAUUUGUGCAACUAAAGGCCUCCUCUCAAAGAAACGCCUUACUUCCAGUAAAGCGUGAGUACAUUGUUUAGACUACAUGAAACACACAUUUGGCAGAAUUUCAAGUGUCAGCCAAUCCUCUAAUAGAUUUGGCUGACUUGGCCCUCGUCUUGGUCCCGGUGACCGCAUCUCUACAGGCCAGCGAGAAUGGCUGCUGACUAACUAAUCCUCUUUACACUCCUCAUCGCUGCAGCGUUGCUUCCUGCCAGUUAUGGACUUCCUUUCAAAACAGACCAGGUGGUGACCUACAAUCCUGCCAGAACGGCUCUACGCGUCUUGGCUGCAUAUUUGUCCUCCUUCUUUAUUGGAUAAAAGUCCCAUGUCUCGCUUGUGGAGCUAUGUUUAUUUAAAAUGUAUUUUUUGUUUUCUGGAUUAUGCCUGAACUUUCUCAUGCCUGUGCGGAUCACACAUGUAUGCAAAGGGAUCGUCAAAAAUGGAUUGUGAUGGGCCGUCUGCGUAUAGCAUGGCUAAAACCGAACACAAGGAGCUAAUACGCAAAAUGCUGAACAUUACAGGACACCAUCUUUACCACAUCUGCCAUCAACAACUCAAGCCAAGGUUGCCAUCGCCAUGGUGACCUUUGCUGAGACGCAGAUCUCUCCUAUGGAGCUGUGCGAGCCACCCUUCCCGACCGCCACCUUGUCCCCCGGCUUGCGGCGUAAAAAGAUGUUGUGGCAGAACGCCGUGAAACACAUCAUCAUCCAGCAGGAGCUGAGCGCCCAGGUGGGUGUGGAGCCGGCACACAAGAUCUUUGUGACGGAUACCUACAUGAAAGAAAUCAACAAACAAAUCCGCAGCAAGGCCUCGCGUGGAGUCAAGCGACGCUCCUCUACGUUUCGAGUCCACCCUUCACAAAUCUGUAGCUCCAUAAGCAUGCACAGCAGCGUGGCAUCAGGUUGGAAUGAAUACGCCAGCGAUGCCGACUUCUUUGUGCACUGGGGCCACAUUAUCCAUGGGAUCUAUAUACCCACCCUGAGACAUACCUUUAAGUCCCGAGACCUGGAAAAACUGUACCAGCAACACUCCUCUCACCAAAGACGCAACUCCUUAGCCAUCACUAACAUCAUUGACGCAAUGGCCAAACUGCAGAUCCUGGUUCUGUACCUUGCUUUGGCCCCUGAGGAGGUCACGGACCCACUACGAGGCUGCUUGACGUGCAUGUUCAUGGUGUUUGCGGUGGCGCUGUGCAUCGUGGUUUUAAACUUUAAGGGCUCCAUGUCGCCAAAGUGGCUCCAUUAUGCCGGGCUUGCCAGCUGGCUGUCGCAGUCCACGCAGGUACUGGGAGGACUGGCAUAUGGACUGGAGAAAGACCCGUCGUGGUACCUUUUGUUCACUCUGUUUGCCACAUACACGCUGCUGCCCUUACCUCUUCUGUGGGCCAUGUGUGCUGGAUCGCUGACGUCAGCGUUGCAUCUUAUACUGGAGAUCAUAUGCUACCGUAACGAUCCAGUUCUUUUAAGAAAGGUGUUUGCCAAAGGCCUUCUGUAUCUGGGUAUGAACACAGCUGGAUUCUUCAUCCACUACCUGACAGAUCAUUCACAGCGACAGGUGUUUCUAGAAACACGGCGUUGCAUUGAAGGACGCCUCAAACUGGAGCAGGAAAACCAGAGACAGGAGCGUCUGGUGCUAUCGAUCUUGCCCCGAUUCGUAGCCUUGGAGAUGAUUGCCGACAUGAGUUCCAUGGAAGACGAGCUCAAUCCUCAAGAAUUUCACAAGAUUUACAUUCACCAGUAUAAGGAUGUCAGCAUACUUUUUGCAGAUAUCAAGGGCUUCACUCUGUUAUCCAUGAACUUGUCAGCUCAGGAUUUGGUUCGAACCCUCAAUGAGCUCUUUGGACGCUUUGAUCGCCUGGCUGAGGAGCACCAAUGCCUGCGAAUAAAGAUACUCGGAGACUGUUACUAUUGCGUGUCAGGAGUUCCAGAACCACAGCGUGCACAUGCCCGUCACUGCGUAGAGAUGGGGCUGGCUAUGAUCAACACCAUUCGGUCUGUACGGAAGCUCCUUAACUUUGACAUGGACAUGAGGAUUGGGAUCCAUUCGGGCUCCGUUCUAUGCGGGGUGCUGGGUCUGCAGAAAUGGCAGUUUGACGUCUGGUCUUGGGAUGUGGGCAUUGCUAACAUGCUGGAGGCAGGCGGGAUACCAGGGCGAAUCCACAUCUCCAAGGCAACCCUGGACUGUCUCGAAGGCACCUACAAGACGGAGGAUGGACGAGGAGGGGACCGGAGUGAAUUUCUGCGGAGACACAACAUUGACACCUUUUUCAUUUGUCCCCUGGAGGACAGAUAUCAAGACGACUACAAUGAGACACCCAAAGUACAGAAAACAAUUCGAACCUGGAAUCCAGAGAUUCCAUUCGGGAGCGCCAUUGACAUGAAUAGUAUCUUGGCCUCAUUUACCAACGGUUCAUUACCCAACAUAUGGCGGUCCACCUCCAAGGAGAUUAAUGAACGCAUCAAACAUGCCAUCGAGGUUCGAAGCAGUGAGCGUAUGCAUAAGGAGCACAUCACUCCUCUGUCUCUGGUGUUCAAGGACAUACACAUUGAGGACAAGUUUUCCCAGAUGAGAGAUGAAAUGUUCAACUCCAACCUGGUGUGUUCCUUUAUCAUGCUCCUAUUUGUCAUGGCUGCCCAGGCCCUCAUCUCUGCCCCCAGGAUGUUCCCAGCCAUCAUCCAGUUUUCCCUGUUUUUACUCACCUACAUGCUGCUGCUACUGGUCGUGUUAGCUGAAGAAUUCAAGUGGUGCCCCGCUAGACUGCAACACUUCUGUUGCUGGAUCCAUGAAAACAACAACGCUCGCAACAUGCUCACCCUCACUGCUAUUGUCAUUAACUUUGCUUUAGCCUCCAUGGACAUGGUAUGGUGCAUUCUCACAGACAGAGAAGAGGCUAAUAUGAUGGACAGUACCAACAUGCCUUCACGUUCACUCACUGUGUGUUCUUUCCCAGAGGUGUUUGUGCUGAGCGGCGUGAUCGCCAUGGUGACGUGCGCUGUCUUUUUACGCCUCAACUCUCUGCUGAAGCUGGCGGUGUUGUUGCUGGCGGUGGCCGUCUACUCCUACCUCAUCCAUCUGGCCUUCCUCUCUCUUGCACGCCACGACAUGCUGCACAGAUCUCACUAUGUCAGGAGGAAAUGGACUGCCAUUCUUCUCUUGGUCAUGUUUAUUGUUGCUGUCUUCUACAAUGGACGCCAGUGGGAAGCCACUGCCAGGCUGGACUUCCUGUGGCGUCUGCAGGCUCAGCAGGAAGUGGAGGAUAUGAGGGAGCUGCGUGAACAUAAUGAAUGUCUUUUGCACAAUAUUCUGCCCGUGCACGUGGCCAGACACUUCUUGGAGCGUAGCAAGAACGAUGAGGAGCUUUACUCCCAGUCAUAUGAUGAAGUGGGAGUCAUGUUUGCUUCCAUUGCUGGCUUUAAUGAGUACUUUGAGCAAAAAGAGGUCAGACAUGAAGGUGUGGACUGCCUACGGCUGCUGAAUGAGAUCAUUGCAGGCUUUGAUGAGUUGCUGGAGGAGUCGUACUUUGACUAUGUCGAGAAGAUCAAAACCAUCGGGAGCUGCUAUAUGGCCGCCUCUGGUCUAGCUCCAGACGGACAGUCGUCUAUGGAUGAAUGGAAUCACUUGAGUGAGCUGGUUCUGUUUGCAAUGGCGAUGCAGGAGACCUUGAAGGAGAUUAACAGGCACUCGGCCAAAGACUUUCAGCUCCGUGUCGGCAUUGCACACGGGCCGGUGGUCGCAGGUGUAAUCGGCGCUAGCAAGCCUCAAUAUGACAUCUGGGGGUCAACGGUGAACUUGGCAAGCCGCAUGGAGAGCACAGGGGUGAGCGGACGUAUCCAGGUGCCUGAGGCCACCAGAAAGAUUCUGAUGGAGUGGGGAUUUUCAUUGGAGCUACGAGGAGAAAUCUUUGUCAAGGGGGUAAGCGAAUGUCAGGGCAAGGUGCGCACCUACUUCAUCAGCACCAUGCGCAGCAAGAUAGCCAACACUUCCCCAGAUGGACGUCCGGGGGGCAGAACCAGUGGACGCAUGACCAUGGCGGGAAUAGUGUUCAGUCUAGUCCAAGCCAGACACAAGGAGAAGCUGAGGGAGACGAAUGGGGGCUUCAAGCUGACACGCUGCGCCCUCUAGCGCUGAUGGGUGGCAGCUGCUUUCAUUCCAUAAUCUUCCAUAUGUAAUUGGUCAUGCACAACCCUCAAUUCACCAUAUAUUGAAAUAAUGACAAUGUUUUCAAAUGGCAUUAUUCAAAAGCCAAUAAUAAUCUUGCAACAGGUUCUGAUACCUUCAAGCCAAACGCACUUAUUACCUCAAAACAACCACAAUCACCUCACAUAGAUUUCCAAUGGCCUAUAUACUGUAUCUAGUGUUUUUUAUGGUUUAUUCUCUAUUUAUCUAUCUGCUUUUUGUAUCUGUAUUUUUGUCAGUGUUGUUUUGACAUAUUCAUUCAUGUUUUAUACACUCUCAUUUUGUUCAGGGCAGACAAAGGAACUGCAUUUUAAAUGUCCCAUAUCUCAGAAAAUCUACAUUUGUUUGCUUAAAAUGUCAAUUCAAGAGCACAGAACGUUUUUUCCAGUUUUUUUUUAUUGUCAAUAGGUAGUCUGAAAGGACCUAAUAUAUAUUUUACACUUCUCACAUGUGACUGAUCUGAAUUAGAAUGUAGUGGCUAAAUAAACGCCAAUGCCUGAAAGACUUCUUAAUUAAAAUGCAGCACCUAUAUGAUUGAGAACCCUUUUUGUUUUGUUAAGAAUUAGUGAUAAGAUAUUUAUGUUUAAAAUACAUAAUUUAGGGGAUUAUUAUCAUUCUGGGACUGUAUUAGUGUUAUCACUUUUUUUGCUAAUAAAGUCAAAUAGA